AGAGGCAGGAGGGGGAGGGGCCUCGGCGAGCCCAGAAAAACGACAACGCGAGAAAAAUUAGUAUUUUUGCACUUCACAAAUUAAUGACCAUGAGCUCGUUUUUGAUAAACUCCAACUACAUCGAGCCCAAGUUCCCUCCCUUCGAGGAGUACGCGCAGCACAGCGGCCCGGGCAGCGGAGACGGCGGCCCGGGCGGGGGGCCCGGCUACCAGCAGCCCCCAGCGCCCGCGGCCCAGCACCUGCCACAGCAGCAGUCCCACCUUCCCCAUGCGGGCAGCGGGAGCGAGACCCCUGCCUCCUACUACGCGCCGCGGGCGGCCCGCGAGCCCUCCUACCCCGCGGCCGCGCUCUACCCUGUACACGGUGCUGCCGACACCGCCUAUCCCUAUGGCUACCGCUCCGGUGCUAGCCCUGGGCAGCAGCCGCAGUCCGAGCAGCCCACGGCGCACACCAAGGGUCCCGCGCACGGCCUGCAUGCGAGCCAUGUCCUGCCGCCCGGGCGGCAGCCCCCGCCGCAGCCUCCCCCGCAGCAUCGCGCGGCGCCCCCUGCACCCCCACGGCGCUGCGAGGCGGCCCCCGCCACCCCGGGCGUCCCGGCAGGGGGCAGCGCCCCCGCGUGCCCGCUGCUCCUGGCCGACAAGAGCCCGCCAGGCCUGAAGGGCAAGGAGCCCGUGGUGUACCCCUGGAUGAAGAAGAUCCAUGUCAGCGCCGCCGACCUCGAACCCUGGGGUACGUCAGACCGGGCUACCCUGGACCGGAGGUCAACGCUGGGCCAGAGCUGCCUCGAGGCCUAG